AUGCUUUGUGUACUUUUACAGAGGGAGUUUAUGACCAAGAAACCUUUCGUUUCGAUGGUUGGGUCGUUUGAAACAGGAUUUCAGACCACCGAACUCCGUUCUGCAUUCGAGACAAUUCAAAUCUACAGGACGACUUUUGAUCAACCAGAAGACACCUCAGUCGCUGCUAAGGCUCCCUCCACAUACGCAGGCAAACCGUCUACCGAGAUUGACAAUGCCUGGCGAAUUCUUGUUGCUCCCACUGUCCUAUAUCUACAGGAAAACGAGAUUGGCGAGUACAAGGAUAAAACCGUCAAAACUGACAAAGGUUGGGUCGCCGGGUAA